AUGCCACAAGAAAAUUUGUUGGACAUCAGCACAAAUUGUGGAAUUGAAGAAAAAUUAACUGAAGAAGCCAAUGGUUCAGCUGAGAGCCAGAGUGACAUUACGCCACAUGACAAUUUGUUGGACAUCAGCACAAAUUGUGGAAUUGAAGAAAAAUUAACUGAAGAUAAGAACUUCAACAGACACUUAACACUAGCAAUGUUUACUCGAUCUUUACCCAAUGGACAAAAAUGUAAUAGGAAAUGGCUUCUUUAUUCACCUAGUGAAGGAUCUGUAUAUUGUUUUGUUUGUAAAUUGUAUGGAAGCAAUCGAGAGAGUCCCUUUAUUUCUGGUGGUUUUGACAAAUGGAAAAAAUCUGAACGGAUUGGCGAACAUGAAAAUAGUCUUCAACACAGAAAUGCUACCAAUAAGUGGUUAUUAAGAUCUAAUACCAACAACUCAGUUAAUAAAGAAUUAUGUCGUCAAAUUUCUGCUGAAACGAAUUAUUGGUUUGAAGUAUUUAAGAGACUUGUAUCUGUCAUUACAUUUUUAUCGUCUAGAGGCCUUGCUUUUCGAGGAAAGGAAGAAAAGUUCAAUAGUCAACACAAUGGAAAUUAUCUGGGCCUAUUAGAACUUAUUUCAGAAUAUGAUCCUUUCUUAAAGGCUCAUAUUGAACAGUAUGGAAAUCAAGGAAAAGGCAACCCAUCAUACCUUUCAAAAACUGUUUAUUUGACAAAAGUUGAUCAAAUGGCCAUUAUUCUUCGUUACUGCACAUUAACAGGUGUGGAAGAAAGACUUUUAGGAUUAUUUCCCAUUAAAGACCAUCAAGGCCAAUCUAUGUACAAGGUAUUAGAUGACUUUCUUGAAAAAAGUGAAUUAGACAUUAUGAACAUUAGGGGUCAAUCUUAUGACAAUGCCUCAAACAUGAGUGGUCAAUUUAAAGGGCUUCAAGCUUAUGUCAAAAAUAAAAAUCCAUUAGCUGUGUUUAUACCUUGUACAGCUCAUUCGUUAAAUCUAGUUGGAGUAAAUAGUGUAAAUUGUUGUACUGAAGCUGUCAAUUUUUUUGAUUUUGUACAAAAAUUGUAUAACUUCUUUAGUGGGUCAACUCACAGGUGGAAUGUACUUAUUAACAUAUUGAAAAAAGAAGAAAAAAAUAGUGUCAAUGGAAAUUCUAGUCGACUUCUUACACUUAAAUCCUUAAGUGACACUAGGUGGUCUUGUCAUGCAGAAGCUUGUAAAGCAAUAGUUGUAAAUUAUGAACAAAUUUUGACUGCGUUAAAAAGUAUGUAUGAUGGCGAAGAAAAUAAUGUUACAACUUUAGAUGCUAAAUCGUUAUGGAAGAAAAUGGUAAAAAGAGAAACUGCAUAUAUGUCAUUACUUUGGAAUGACAUCAUGGAAAGAAGUAACAAAACGUCAACUAAAUUACAACAUUCAAACUGUGACACAAUGAAGGCGAUCAACUUAUUAAAAUCACUGAAGUGUUAUGUGUUAAGUUUACGGGACUCAAAUUCAAUUUACGAAGAAAAAAUACCUAAUCUUAGUCCUGAAAUUACCAUUUACUAUUCAGAUGAAAAGCAAAGAAAAAAAAUAAAAAAAUUCCCUGAUGGUAGCAUAAAUGAAGAAGUAUUAAAAGGAAAAAACAAAUUUCGUGUUCAGACACAUAUAUUUAUUAUUGAUAAAUUUGUGUCAGAAUUAAACAAAAGAAUUUCCGCUUAUGAAUAUAUUGGUGAUCAUUUUUUAUUUAUAACACACUUAACUCAAGAAUCUAAUGAAAAAAUUGAUUUGAGUGUCUCAACAUUUAUUUCAAAAUAUAAAAAUGAUGUAGAUAUUACUUUACCGAACGAACUUGUACAAUUUAAAGAAUACUGGAAGCUUUGUCAACCUUCUUUUGAUCCAGCUGACAUUUCCAAAUUAUUUUCCUGGUUUGGUAAUCAAUCACUCGAAGAGGUAUUUCCUUGUUUAUUUACUACUUUAAAAAUAUAUUUGACAAUUCCAGUAGCUAAUUGUUCUGCGGAAAGAGCUUUUUCUAAGUUAACUAGAAUUAAAAAUAAGUAUAGAACUAGUCAAACACAAGAAAACUUAAAUAUACAAAUGAUUUUAUAUUCUGAGAAUGAUUUGUUAAAAUCAUUAGACUUAAAUGAUGUACUAAAAGAGUUGGCUUCAAAAGAAGAAUUUCAGGAAAUAAAUAUGAUGAAAAGAAAAUCUAUUAACUGCUCAUUACCAGAAGCUUAUGAAGAUACUUUGCCAAUAUCUGAUGAAAAGAAAAAAGAUAUUAUUUCUCUUUUAAAUCUUAUACCUGAAGUAUAUAAUGAGUUUUACAAAAAUAUAAAAUCAAAAGGAGACAUUACUGAUCCUCUAAUAUCAAGUGACGACGAAUACAAUUUAAAGUACCAUUUGUUACGUUUUUUUCGUUUAUUAAAAAACUAUAAUUUUGGACUUGAACCCUUUUCUCCCAAACACCGUCCAAUUAAAGAUGGAACUGCAAUUAAUUCAGAUGAUUUACCAGAUGUUGAAGAAUUGGCAACAGUAGAAUCUGGUUUAGGCUGUACUCAAAUUGAAAUUCCUACAGUAAAUAUGAAUUUACUAAAUGAUUUUGAAUCUGAACAAAAAGUACAAAUUCUACAGCAGAUGAUGAUAAUUACAAGACUGUCACAACAAAUCUCGAAAGGAAACUUAACAACGCCACCAGAAGAGCUGUUCAGAGCUACUGAGAACCAGGAAAAGUUAUUUAACAAAUUUCAUGGCAAUGAUUUAAGAAAAGAACCAAAAAUCACAAAGACGGUCAUCGAGAUGCUACUAAAGAUAGAUGUUAAUAUUCCACUAAAAGUUUUAGAAUAA